UUGAAAGGCGCAUUACGAAUGGGCAACAUAUAGACUUCAAAUGCUGAAAUCUGAAGUGGCAAACAAUCUGACCCCCUGAGUUCCUGCAGCAGAUUAUUUGUUGCUUUUUCCGAUGGAAGGCGGGUCUUUUGUCUCAAAGGUACGCAAUUAAACCAGGCUUUUCCCGGCGGCAGUAAUGUGGUAGCGUGGUGGUGUGUGACUCCAACAGUGGAAAAAGCAGCCUGGGGUUUGGAUAGGUGGCGUCGAGUGCCCAGCCCCCUGGCGCCAGGUGAUUGCUGCUGCCCAACACGCAGUGAUUGACAGCUGAGCAGUUUCCACGGGCGCUCUUAUUGGGACCCGUUCGGAUUGAGACUCGGAACUGCGGGACCCGGCAUCGAUCAGGUCAGGACUGCUAAUGGCUACAGCGACUUCGGCGUCCGUCGGCACCCGUGCGGUGGCCAGAGCAGGCCGCUUCCUCUCUUCCAAACGAGUCUCCUCCUGCGGGCCGGGGCUCCGCCAGCUCAGCGCAGUGAAAGUCGGCCGGCACUGCAAGUUGCGAAGCGCUCCCAUGCAAGAGGUGGAUCGUACUGUGCCGUUGGUCAGUCACCACCAGAUCGCUCGCUCCCUGGUCUACAAGGACGUGAGAAUGUUCCUGAACGAGAUCGGCGCCGAUCCCAGGGAAGCGCGGUACUGGCUCACUCAGUUCCAGAACGCAGGCGCCAGCAACAAACUCUUCGCCGUGGUUGAAGUGGACGAAGACAUCUUUUGCUCAAAAGAGAUGGUGUCCAGUUUGGCAUUCGGCUUGGCAUUCCUCCAACGUAUGGACAUGAAACCUGUUGUCGUUAUUGGAUUAUCUUCUCAGUACGAUGAAGGAACUUCAGAUUCAUUUAUAGAAACGAAAUCCUUAUUACUCAGGAAUUGCAGGAUCCUAACUGAUGCUCUGCACAGGAAUUCAGCUGUUACCAUGCCAUUUUUUAAUGGCGGGGCCUUGUUACAAGCAGGAAAGCCUUCGUCUCCUAAUAGUUUUGGGAGCGUAGUUUCAGUUGAAGAAGAGCUAUUAAACUGGAGUCUGGAAUCAGGUCACAUUCCUAUAAUCAGCUCCAUGGGAGAGACCUCUGAUGGACAACUGGUGUUUUUAAAUUCCUUGGGUGUCACAGCACAUAUUGCAAAGAUAAUGCAGCCUCUGAAAGUGAUGUUUCUGAACAACUCGGGAGGUAUUCAGGACAGUAGUCAAAAGUUCCGUCGUUGUCAAAGCGCUGCUUCAAGUGCCAAUGGGCGUUUUCAGCGUCGAGCAAUCUCUCUUGGUACCAGCUGUGUGGAGAGCCUACAGGUUGUGGGACAGGUCAAUCUUCCAUCUGACCUAGAUCUUCUGUUGAAUACAAAUUGGAUUAGUGAUAAAGAGGAACAGAAAGCCAAGGUGAUAAUGGAUCUGCUCAACCACAUGCCAUCAGAAUCUUCUGCUGUCAUCACAUCGGCCAACACCAUACUCACAGAGCUUUUCAGUCACAGAGGAGCUGGAACUCUAUUCAAAAAUGCUGAACCCAUCCGCAGAUACACAGACCUUGAUGAAAUAGACACAAGCCGUCUAAUAUCACUAAUCAAUAAAUCAUUUGGGAAAGAUCUUUAUGAAGACUACAUUUCAGUAAUAAAGCCCAAGCUACAUUCUGUUUAUUUGUCUGAAGGGUACAGUGCUGCUGCAAUUAUCACCACAGAACCUGUCUUGAAUGGGAUGCCAUAUCUUGAUAAAUUUGUUGUCAGUACAAGUAAACGCGGCCAAGGGACCAGUCUGAUGUUGUGGGAAUGUAUUCAGCAGGACUUUGAGGCACUGUUUUGGAGAUCGAGGACAACAAACAGAAUCAAUCCUUGGUAUUUCAAGCAAUGUGAUGGAAGCUUUGCAACUGGACAAUGGAUAGUAUUUUGGUAUGGCCUAUCAAAUAUGCGUGACUCUUAUUGCCUGGUGGACUAUGCAGAAAAUUUACCUGAUUCUUUUAUCAAAUCAAAGGAGCCUGUAAAUGAGCAAACCUCAUCUAUGACGGAAAACUAACUCUCUUCACUUAAUGGAUUCUUUUUCCAACUAUGUCCAAAGAAUCAAUUGUACUUUAAGGUUAGACAUGCUUCAGUUUUAGCAAAGAUUAUGGUUUCAAUCGCUCCUCCUUUUGUAAAAGUUUACCUUCAAAUACUACUAAUGGUAAAAGAGGGAAAAUUUCCACUUAAGUUGGCAAAGCAUAAGUGAAUAAAACCAAAGCAGAUGAAACCUCCCAUUAAUGUGAUGGUCUAAAAGCUAACUACACAGGAUUGUGAUCUUUUGUGGUAGGAUAGUGCAAAGUAGUAAGUAAACUUUCUUAACUGAAACAGAUUUAUUAUAAUGGGAAAGGAGUGCAUGGGCUACCUGACAAAAUGUCUCUCAAUCAGAUUGUUCAGGAAAACAACUGAGUAUUUCUUUAUGAAGGCGGGGGAGUCAGGUUGAUUGAACACGAAGUACAGUCUAUUAUGAGUUAGUUUGGACAUUCUCACACCCUAUUUUAUAUUCUGACAUUACUGGGUGGAAAGUUAUAUGGGGAGUGUAGAAUGGCUGAUCCCAGAUGGUCAAAUUUCAUUGGUACUUUUCAAAGGCACAGUUGGCUUUGUUCAGAAACAACACUAUCUAGUUUUGCUGCUCCUUCUAAUGUCAGAGAGGAUAGAAGUAGACUGGAAGGUCCUGUUUGCUUCAGGGAAUGGGGAACAAGGGCCAUUUAUCAAAAAGGUACCGCCUGGGAAGGAUCACAGGAUGAUCAAUUGAAAUGUCCUUUCUCCAAAGGAACAGCCUCUCGUCUAUAUUCUUGCUCUAUAAGUAGAAGCUAAAUAUCAUCAUGUUUAUAUAUUCUUAAUGGAAGUGGUCUAGCAUUAAGGAUUGGAACAUCAGUUAACUUAUAUAAAUGUCCUAGAAUAAUUCUAGAUGCAUUGUGUAUUUAAACAGUUUGUGCCAGAUUUUCAGUUCAUUGUGGCAACAUUUUUAUUCCAUUUUCAUGGUGAUGGAAAUCUUUCAUCAUCACUUCCUAGAAACAUGAUCAGCCUGCUUUAUACAUUCUGUAUUCUCAACAAAAAGCAAAUUCUUUUGAAACUAUUGAGUUGCAUGCCUGCUUUUGUACAGAUAAUCCAUUACCAGAGCCAAAACUGGUUAUAUAAUGUAAAAUAUUUGGAAGAAUACACAAGUGCUGGAAUCAAGGCAACUUUAGAUCCAGCAUUCAUGGUUUUUUUUAAUUAAUCUUUAUGUAUCUGCAAUCCUUCUCAAAGUCUUAAAUUUUGAUUGUAAAAUAUUGAAACAAAGUUUUAAUUGCAUGAAUGAAAUUGCCAAAUACUUCCUUUCUGAUACCUCCUUGUGAUAAUAUUUUGAAUUUUGAAUUCUUGAGGCCUUUCAUCACAAACAUCACUACAGUGGAAAUCUAUUAUGGGAGAAGGGAGGGUCUAUAUUUUAGUAAUCUAAUGGAAGAUACUAGAAUAAUAACAUAGUGAGUGCUUAGAGUGGUAAUAGCAGUGACUUAAUUUAUGUAUUAGUACACUGAUCAUAGAUGGGUACAUUUAUGAGAAUUUGCUUCUAAUGUAAAAUCUAGUUCUGCUAUAGCUAUUCUCCCUAUUAAUGGUGCAUUUAUUUUUAUGUGGAUUCGGUCCAUUAACAUAGUAAAAAUAGAAUUCAGCAUAAACCAUGUAAUUUCUUCCUAUAUAACUAUUCUUUAAAAAAUCAAAUGCUAUACUACUUUUGUAACAUGAACUGUUGAACCCUUAUAAUUUUUUAUAACUGGAAAGUAUUUACUGCUACAAUGUUCUUUGGGCUAUAUCUUACCAACAUGGGUUGUAUGAAACAAGCUGCCAGAAACAGUGGUAGUAGUAGAGAUGGUUACAGUUACACCAUUUAAAAGACAUUUUAAUAGGUCCGUCGAUAGGAAGGGUUUAAGAGGAUGUGGGCCAGAUGCUGCACAUGGGUACCUUGGUUGACACAAACAAUUUCGGUCAAAGGGCCUGUUUCUCUGUUUUAUAACUCUAUGAAUCUAAUAUCCACAUAUAAAGUACAUUUGGGAAUUGUAAAAUGCUGAGAGUUAAAUUUGCUAUUAUCUAGUUUUAUAAAUUAUGGUGGAUUCCAGUGGGUCACUGUUAAUAGAUAACCUGUGGCUAUAUAGUAUUAAAAAUGUAACAAAACCAAUGGUCUGUUUCUCCAAAUGUCAGUUCUUUUAAAUUGGAUGCAUCUGCCCUAAUUCUUUUCAGAUACACAAAGGGAAAAUUGACUAUGGAUAGCCAUGCUUAAUAUGUACAUAAUUCUUGGGUGUUGGUUUUUCUUUGCCUUGCACACUCAAUUCUAUUGAAUUUAAUGGAAUUGAAAGCAGAAUGCUAGUCGCCAAUAUUGUGUGUUUAGCAAAGAAAUUGAAACCUCAAGUAAUUUUGUUAGCAUAAUGGUUAGGGUCAUUCAAUGCCAUUUGUGAUUUGUGAGAGGUAAAAUUACUGAGCACCACAUCUCUGAUAAUAUGACGCAAUCUACUUUUGUCCAGUAUCACGAGACAGUAAAAUAAACAUAAAAAGGCCAUAAGUCAUAGAAUGGACUGACUUUGAAAAACAUUCAUGGAGGUAACAGAUAACAUCACUUAAAUAUUGACAGACAUUAGAGUUACAUGCCAAAUGACAGAUACAUCUCAGGAAAAUUAAAUUCAGAAAUAUUUCAAUUAUUUCAAAUAUAAAUUACUUAUAUGAAAUAUUUUAAUCAACUUUCGCAUUUAUUUUAACUGGACAAAUGUUUAUUUGUAUGCUCCUCUGUCUAAGUGCUUCCAGACUAAAUUAUAAUUUUCUUCAAUGUACCACAAUAAAAGUAUCAAUAUCAUGGAAUUGGAGAAAAAAACACAAUUGCUUUACAAAAUAAAUUGGAAAUUGGCCAGAUUAACAUAGUGCCUGUAUGUGAAUCACUGCUUGGAUACAUUUACGUGUAAUCCACUUGAGUCACAUAGCUCAUCUAAUUAGUGCUGUACUGUUUCCAUCAUAGUCAGAUGGAAACAAACCUACAAUUGCCCCCUUUUCUAUUGAGGCAAAGAAGGGAGAGAUAUACCUGAAGUCUAGCUGUGAACACUGUCCUGCUUGUAAAGUGUACAUGAAUAAUAGUCUUUGAUUGAAAUAAUCCCUGUGACUGAGUAGCAAUCAUUUGCUGGUAGGGUCUCAUACAUGAAUAAAGAUGAUACUGAUACACCUGGAUGUUUCCUGUUUCUUACCAUGUAUUUUAUUCUACCAAUAUACCUUUCUAUAGGCUUGAUUUUGCAUUAUUCUUUACUAUAACUAAAUCUGCCAGUUUUCUUCUUAAAAAUAAAAAAAUCAUCUUUCGAUGUCUUGAAUGGAAGAAAAAACCCGUUUUUGGAAAAACAAGAACCACUACAUCCUAGGCUUUAUUCUGCCAAUGUUUUCAGAUUUUAGCCUCAUAGAACUUGUGCUAAAUAUUGGUUAUGCUUCCACAUAAACAGUUCAUUCACAUAGCCAUUUGAAUGUAUGACAAGCAGAUUGUACACUGUGGUAUAAAAUGAAAGUUGUCAAGGUAUAAGUCCUUAAUGUAUGCAAUUCUGUACUUUUUACCACAGAGCAAUUUUCUUGUAUUUAAGUAAUUUACAUGAAGUGAUGAAGUUAGAAAGAGGUGUUUUUGGUAUUCUGAUGACAAGAGUGACUUUCUACCACAGGCUUCUUUGGUUAUUGCUCCACUGAAAUUUCAGUUUACAUGGCUGAAAUUUACUGUUUGAUAUCUCACUUUUUUUUCUUCAGUUCAGUAUCCAAACCCAUUAUGACAGCUCUAAUUCAUUCAUUUGCAUUGCCUCAAAUUAUGGACCUCUUCACUUAAAUGUUGUUUUUGCCAUACAUAGGCCAUUAAAACAUUGUUCUGAAAGUACUCAAUUUCCUGUAAAUAGAAUCACAGAUGCUCACAACCACCCUACCAUUACUUGUCAUAGAUAUUGUUUGGUUGUUGUGGCUGCUAAUUUGAAUAUCUAAAGUAUGAUAGCCAAGCCAGAGUCUCUUCUUUUCCAGCAGCCACAGGUGUAGUUUGUAAGGAACAGUGCCAAACACUCAAGAACAAAAACCCUGUCUAAAUUCUCUGCAUUCAAUGUACAAAUCAAAAGAAAUGAAAUUAUUGCAACAAGAAUGUGGCAGAAAUAAAUAAUAGAAGCCUAUUUUUUUUUAAACUAGUCAUUUUUUUUACAUCUCACUUCAAGGCAGAAACACAUACAAAUAUUUUAAAUUGUUACGUCCAAAGUACUGGUUUACAGUUCCAUAUUUUAAUCUAGUGAAUGAAGAUAUUCAACACAGCAUUAUAGCAAUGGACAGUUUGGAUAGAUUUUAUUUAAUACCAUUGUUAUGCAACACAUAUUAAGGAUAAACUGAUAUGUGGAACAGUGCUGAUUUUUUAAAACAGAAAAUUGGGUACAGUUAAGUAUCGACCACAGCCCAUGACUGACAUGAUGUAAUGGACACUAUGAAAUGUGAAAAAAUAUUUAUUGAUUUUUUAAAAAAAUCUCUCCAAUAUUGCACAGCACCCGCUUUACUAUGAUUUUAUGAAGGUUGCCAAUAUGAUUAGACCUACAAAACUGCCA